CGACAAAAAUCCCAUUGAAUAUAGGAUUUUGAAGAUCCUCAAAUAACUCAAGAUGUUUCCCUUCCAACCAAGCCACGAUGACUUAGGUUUUGGAAUCCCAACUACUUCUCAAUCAUGCCAAAUCCAGGAUGAUAUUAGUAUGGAUUAUCAUUUCUUGGAACCUAAUUUAAUCAAUUUCUCUGUGGGAAGCAAUGAUGGAGAAGUGAGUAAAAGAAUAGAUCUGGAGUUUUGCAAAAAAGGGCAAAAAGAGAGGAGCAACCAUGGAGGCACUAGCAAGAAGGUUAUGCACCGCGAGGUGGAGAGGAAAAGGAGGCAAGAAAUGUCACACCUUUAUGCUUCUCUCCGCUCCCAUCUUCCUCAUCAUCUGCUUAAGGGAAAACACAGUGUUUGUGAUCAAUUACAAGAAGCUACCAGUCACAUUAAAAAGAUGGAGAAAAAUAUUGAAGAAUUGAAAGGUCGUAGAAACAAGUUGAAGAGUUUGCUUAGUUCUUCAGGUGGAAAGGAUGAAAGUUCAAAUGGCAGAGGCAAUGUGGCAGUAAACAUAGUCUCGGAUGGAAUGGAGAUUCUUAUCUCACACAGCAUCGAAAGAUCUGAUGAUUUUGAGCUGUCUCAAGUUCUUGCAGAAUUACAGCGGAGUGAGCUUGAUGUUAUUCACAUUGUUUCUUCUAGAACUAACGAGAGAUAUGUCCACAAAAUCCAGGUUGAGAGCCAAGGAAUGGAUAAACAUGGAGCGUUGGUUCUGCAAGAGAGAUUGAGCAAGGCCAUACAGUAAUAUUCUAUGAAUACUUUGUCCCUUUGAGUUAGAAACAUGGUGUGGUUAAAAUGUAACUUAUAUAUAUGCUUUCUGGUUAUUCUAAAAAUGAUCAUAUAUAUUCUGUAUGAGCAACAUUGCUAGUGAUUUUCGGUGAAAGAUAUCAAAUAAUGAUGAACAUUAUUCA